UCGGAACUGCGCAAGGCCCGCGACCCCGGAAGUGCUCGUUCGCCGCCGCCUCUCUCUCCUCCCCGGUGCGGCGUGUGUGGUCGCGCCGUCCCGUCCGGUCGCCAGCCCCGCCGCGAGGCCGCCCCGAGCGCCGCGAUGGUGAAGCCACGCUACAAGGGCCGCAGCACGGUGAACCCGUCCCGCGCCAGCACCAACCCCGAUCGCGUGGCGGGCGCGGGCGGACACAACAUGCGCGACCGAGCCACCAUCCGGCGCCUCAACAUGUACCGGCAGAAGGAGCGGAGAAACAAACGUGGUAAAGUGAUUAAGGCUCUACAGUAUCAGUCAACAGUGGCACCAGGCACCGUUGCAAGAGUGGAACCAAAUAUUAAGUGGUUUGGAAAUACUCGUGUGAUCAAGCAAUCGUCCCUACAGAAAUUUCAAGAAGAGAUGGAAACUGUCAUGAAAGAUCCUUACAGAGUGGUGAUGAAGCAAAGCAAGUUGCCAAUGUCCCUUUUCCAUGACCGCAUCAAGCCUCAUACCUCCAGAGUUCACAUUCUUGACACAGAAACAUUUGAAACAACAUUUGGCCCCAAAUCACAGAGGAAGAAACCAACUCUUUCUGCAAGUGAUGUGCAGUCUCUGCUGGAGAAUGCAGAAGCCUCAUCAGAAUCUUAUGACCAGGACAAGGACCGAGACCUCGUGACAGAAGACAGUGGUGUCAGGGAUGAAGCACAAGAAGAAAUAUUUAAGAAGGGACAGUCCAAAAGAAUCUGGGGUGAGCUCUACAAGGUGAUAGACUCAUCAGAUGUUGUCGUGCAAGUUCUUGAUGCCAGGGAUCCCAUGGGUACUCGCUCCCCUCACGUGGAAUCCUACCUUAAAAAGGAAAAACACUGGAAACAUCUCAUUUUUGUUCUGAACAAAUGUGAUCUUAUUCCUACUUGGGCUACAAAACGCUGGGUUGCUGUCCUCUCUCAGGAGUAUCCAACACUUGCUUUUCAUGCCAGUCUCACGAACCCUUUUGGCAAAGGAGCCUUCAUACAGCUUUUAAGGCAGUUUGGAAAGUUGCACUCUGACAAGAAACAGAUCAGCGUGGGUUUCAUUGGUUAUCCAAAUGUUGGCAAAAGCUCGGUGAUUAAUACAUUGCGGUCUAAGAAGGUCUGCAGCGUGGCCCCCAUCGCAGGUGAAACAAAGGUGUGGCAAUACAUUACCUUGAUGCGGCGAAUUUUUCUCAUUGACUGCCCGGGUGUAGUUUAUCCAUCUGGAGACACAGAAACCGACAUUGUACUGAAGGGAGUGGUUCAAGUUGAAAAGAUUAAGAGCCCUGAAGAUCAUAUUAGUGCAGUGCUGGAAAGAGCGAAACCAGAGUACAUCAGAAAGACAUACAAAAUUGAUUUCUGGAAGGAUACGGAAGACUUCCUUGAGAAGCUUGCUGCUAGGACUGGAAAACUGCUAAAGGGUGGCGAGCCUGAUGUGCAAACGGUGAGCAAGAUGGUUCUCAAUGACUGGCAGAGGGGCAGAAUUCCAUUCUUUGUGAAGCCACCUAAUGCAGAAGCAGGUCCACAGCCUCCUGCAUUGGAAGUAGCAAUGGCAUCAAGCCAAGAUAACAAUGAGGAGGAAAUCUCUGAGCCAGUAGCAUCGAAUGUGGAGCCAGCAGAAGAGAAAAACAAUACAGACACUGAAAUGAAGCAACUUAUGUCACAUGUCCGGCAGAAUUUUGGGAGGAUUAAUGUGGCGCCUCAGUUCUCAGAAGAAGACCUGGUUCCUGUGGAUGUGUCAGGCUUUGAUGAAACAGACAGUGAUUCUCCUGCAGAGGAGGAGCAGGAAGAGGAGGAGGAGGAAAAUGAGCAACAUCAAGACUCUGCAGCAGAGGAGGAAUCACAGUCAGCUGUACAAGAUGCCAGGGAGAGCUCUAAGGCAGUUAUUAAGGCUUUGGAGGAAAAGAUUGCAAAAUGCAAAAAAUUCCUGGAUAAAGCCAAAGCCAAGAGAUUCUCAGCAAUAAGAAUCCCGAAACAGCUGAGCGAAAAAGUAUUUGCAAAAUCUGAGCAGAAGUCCGAAGAACCCAAAGAAAAUGAAGACAGAGGCUGCACAGAGAAGAGAAGAAAAAGAAAAGCAGAAGAGGAGGAGGAUGAAGAUGAUCGUUUGGGUAAACAGCCUUGCAAGAAACUUACAUCCAAAGAAAGGAGACGAGCUGAGAGGCAGCAGCGCUCCAAGAAAGUUGGAGUCCGGUAUUAUGAAACUCACAACGUGAAAAAUAAGAAUAAGAACAAGAAAAAAAAAAGUGGCUUGGAGGGACAAAGAUCAAAGCAGAAGAAAUACAAACAUAAGCAAUAACUGGUGGUUCUAUUAAAUUUUACAUAAAACA